GCGCCGGCGGGCGGUGGCGCGGAGGCCGGACCGGGCGGCGGCCCAGGCGGCGCGGGGGGCACAGCGGCCAAGGCGGGCGGCGCGGGCGACAUGACGGACAACAUCCCGCUGCAGCCGGUGCGCCAGAAGAAGCGGAUGGACAGCAGGCCCCGCGGCGGGUGCUGCGAGUGGCUGAGAUGCUGUGGUGCAGGGGAGCCCAGGCCCCGCACGGUCUGGUUGGGGCACCCCGAGAAGAGGGACCAGAGAUACCCUCGAAAUGUCAUCAACAAUCAAAAGUACAACUUUUUCACCUUUUUGCCUGGGGUGCUGUUUAACCAGUUCAAAUACUUCUUCAACCUCUACUUCCUGCUUCUCGCCUGCUCCCAGUUCGUCCCCGAGAUGCGACUGGGAGCACUGUACACCUACUGGGUUCCCCUGGGCUUCGUGCUGGCCGUCACCAUCAUCCGAGAGGCGGCAGAGGAGAUCCGAUGCUACGUGCGAGACAAGGAGGUCAACUCGCAGGUCUACAGCCGGCUCACAGCGAGAGGGACAGUGAAGGUGAAGAGCUCCAGCAUCCAAGUUGGAGAUCUUAUCAUCGUGGAGAAGAACCAGCGGGUCCCUGCUGACAUGAUCUUCCUGAGGACAUCAGAAAAAAACGGCUCUUGCUUCCUGCGGACGGACCAGCUGGACGGGGAGACGGACUGGAAACUUCGGCUUCCUGUGGCCUGCACUCAGAGACUGCCCACCGCUGCUGACCUUCUUCAGAUUCGAUCGUACGUGUAUGCAGAGGAGCCAAACAUCGACAUUCACAACUUUGUGGGGACUUUCACUAGAGAGGACAGCGAUGCCCCGAUCAGCGAGAGCCUGAGCGUAGAGAACGCGCUCUGGGCGGGCACAGUCACCGCAUCAGGUACUAUUGUGGGUGUUGUUCUUUACACGGGCAGAGAACUACGGAGUGUCAUGAAUACCUCAAAUCCUCGAAGUAAGAUCGGCCUGUUUGACCUGGAAGUGAACUGCCUAACAAAGAUCCUCUUUGGAGCUUUGGUGGUGGUGUCUCUGGUCAUGGUCGCCCUCCAGCACUUUGCCGGACGUUGGUACCUACAGAUCAUCCGCUUCCUCCUUUUGUUUUCCAACAUCAUUCCCAUCAGUCUGCGUGUGAACCUGGACAUGGGCAAGAUCGUGUACAGCUGGGUGAUUCGCAGGGAUUCGAAAAUCCCCGGGACCGUGGUUCGCUCCAGCACGAUUCCCGAGCAGCUGGGGAGGAUUUCCUACCUACUCACAGAUAAGACCGGAACUCUUACCCAGAAUGAGAUGGUUUUCAAACGGCUCCAUCUAGGCACCGUGGCCUAUGGCCUCGACUCAAUGGAUGAAGUACAAAGCCACAUUUUUAGUAUUUACACCCAGCAAUCCCAGGACCCGCCCGCUCAGAAGGGCCCUGCGCUCACCACCAAGGUGCGGCGGACCAUGGGCACCCGCGUGCACGAAGCCGUCAAGGCCAUCGCGCUGUGCCACAACGUCACCCCCGUGUACGAGUCCAGCGGUGUCACUGACCAGGCCGAGGCGGAGAAGCAAUACGAGGACUCCUGCCGCGUGUACCAGGCGUCCAGCCCGGACGAGGUGGCCCUGGUGCAGUGGACCGAAAGUGUGGGCUUAACACUGGUGGGCCGUGACCAGUCUUCCAUGCAGCUGAGGACCCCUGGUGACCAGAUCCUGAACUUCACCAUCUUGCAGAUCUUCCCUUUCACCUACGAGAGCAAACGCAUGGGCAUCAUCGUGAGGGAUGAAUCGACUGGGGAGAUUACGUUUUACAUGAAGGGAGCGGAUGUCGUCAUGGCUGGCAUCGUGCAGUACAACGACUGGCUGGAGGAAGAGUGUGGAAACAUGGCCCGGGAAGGGCUGCGGGUGCUUGUGGUGGCGAAGAAAUCUCUAGCAGAGGAGCAGUAUCAAGACUUUGAGGCCCGCUAUGUCCAGGCCAAGCUGAGUGUGCACGACCGUUCCCUCAAAGUGGCCACAGUGAUCGAGAGCCUGGAGAUGGAGAUGGAGCUGCUGUGCCUGACAGGGGUGGAGGACCAGCUCCAGGCGGAUGUGAGGCCCACCCUGGAGACCCUGAGGAACGCCGGCAUCAAGGUUUGGAUGCUGACGGGGGACAAGCUGGAGACAGCUACAUGCACAGCAAAGAAUGCACAUCUGGUGACCAGAAACCAAGACAUCCACGUUUUUCGGCUGGUGACCAACCGCGGCGAGGCCCACCUCGAGCUGAACGCUUUCCGCAGGAAGCACGACUGUGCCCUAGUCAUCUCCGGAGACUCCCUGGAGGUUUGCCUCAAGUACUACGAGUAUGAGUUCAUGGAGCUGGCCUGCCAGUGCCCGGCCGUGGUCUGCUGCCGCUGCGCGCCCACCCAGAAGGCCCAGAUCGUACGCCUGCUCCAGGAGCGCACGGGGAAGCUCACGUGUGCAGUAGGUGAUGGAGGCAAUGACGUCAGUAUGAUCCAGGAAUCUGACUGCGGUGUGGGUGUCGAGGGAAAGGAAGGAAAACAGGCUUCGCUGGCUGCGGACUUCUCUAUCACUCAGUUCAAGCACCUUGGCCGCUUACUCAUGGUGCAUGGCCGGAAUAGCUACAAGCGCUCGGCUGCCCUCAGCCAGUUUGUGAUCCACAGGAGCCUCUGCAUCAGCACCAUGCAGGCUGUCUUUUCCUCCGUGUUUUACUUUGCCUCCGUUCCUCUCUAUCAAGGAUUCCUCAUCAUUGGGUACUCCACCAUCUAUACCAUGUUUCCUGUGUUUUCUCUGGUCCUGGACAAAGAUGUGAAGUCAGAAGUUGCCAUGCUGUACCCUGAGCUCUACAAGGAUCUCCUCAAGGGACGGCCGUUGUCCUACAAGACGUUCUUGAUAUGGGUUUUGAUCAGCAUCUAUCAAGGAAGCACCAUCAUGUACGGGGCACUGCUGCUGUUUGAGUCGGAAUUCGUGCACAUUGUGGCGAUUUCCUUCACAUCGCUGAUCCUCACGGAGCUGCUAAUGGUGGCCCUGACCAUCCAGACCUGGCACUGGCUCAUGACGGUGGCCGAGCUGCUCAGCCUGGCCUGCUACAUCGCCUCCCUGGUGUUCCUCCACGAAUUUAUCGACGUGUACUUCAUUGCCACAUUGUCCUUCUUGUGGAAAGUGUCUGUCAUCACUCUGGUCAGCUGUCUGCCCCUCUAUGUCCUCAAGUACCUGCGAAGGCGGUUCUCCCCUCCCAGCUACUCGAAGCUCACGUCCUAGGCCGUGCACUCGGGAGAGGACCCCGGUCUCCACACUCGCCUGGCAGACAGAGUUCAAGUUGCAUUUCUAUUAACCACCACCCGUGGAUUGUGCAGUGGUGGCUCCCACGUGCGGUUCUGAUAUGAAGAGACUCUGCGCUUCCACGGAGCCCGACGCCGAAUAAACAGGAGGGAGGCGCCUAAGAGGGCCCCACACGGGGGUCUGAGCCCCUGGUGAUUCACAGUUGAGUGAAUGUGACUAUGUGAAAACCGGUGACUCAGCCGAGAGAUUUAUUCAUGGGUCACUGUGCAGGCUUCCUUAUGACUUGAAUUUUGUUGUCAUGUGAUAAAAGUUUCUGUCUAG